GCCCACACCUACAGGCCCUCCUGUGCUGUUACGGCUGGCUGACAGUGAUGUCCGGCGGGGCCAUGGUGUCCUGGCUGACCUCCCCCUGCAGUGGAGCCUUCCGCUGCCUUUGCUUCCUGGGCCUGUGCCUCCUGGUGUCUGCACGCCCCGCCAACCACUCGGCCAGCCGGGAGAAGGCGCCCAACAGGGAAGAGAACGAGAUCCUGCCCCCGGACCACCUGAACGGGGUCAAGAUGGAGAUGGACGGGCACCUCAACAAGGAAUUCCACCAGGAAGUCUUCUUGGGCAAGGCCCGAGAGGAAUUCCAUGAGGACUUGGAGCCGCGGCGGAGCCGGAGGAAGUUGAUGGUCAUCUUCUCCAAGGUGGAUGUGAACGCCGACCGCCGGAUCAGCGCCAAGGAGAUGCAGCGCUGGAUCAUGGAGAAGACGGCCGAGCACUUCCAGGAGGCCGUCCGCGAAAACAAGCUACACUUCCGAGCCGUGGACCCUGACGGCGACGGCCGAGUGUCGUGGGACGAGUACCGGGUGAAGUUCCUGGCCAGCAAGGGCCACGAUGCGCGAGAGGUUGCCGAGAGGAUCAAGAACAACGAGGACUUGAAGGUGGACGAGGAGACACAGGAAGUCCUGGAGAACCUCAAGGACCGCUGGUACCAGGCGGACAACCCCCCUUCAGACCUGCUGCUGACCGAGGAGGAGUUCCUGUCCUUCCAGCACCCGGAGCACAGCCGCGGCAUGCUGCAGUUCAUGGUCAAGGAAGUCGUGCGCGACCUGGACCAGGAUGGUGACAAGCGGCUCUCUCUACCCGAGUUCAUAUCCCUGCCCGUGGGCACCGUGGAGAACCAGCAGGCCCAGGACAUCGAUGACAACUGGGUCAAAGACAGGAAGAGGGAGUUUGAGGAGCUGAUCGAUGCUAACCAUGAUGGCAUUGUGACCCCAGAGGAGCUGGAGGAGUACAUGGACCCCAUGAACGAGUACAACGCCCUCAACGAGGCCAAGCAGAUGAUCGCCGUCGCCGACGAGAACCAGAACCACCACCUGGAGCCCGAGGAGGUCCUCAAGUACAGCGAGUUCUUCACGGGCAGCAAGCUGGUGGACUACGCACGCAGCGUGCACGAGGAGUUCUGACCCGCCCCGCCCGCCCCAGCCUCGUGGCCGUGGCUGCAGGUGGCACCUUUUGGACCCUUCUCCCCUUCCCACCAGACUGAACCGUUACCAGUCUCCCUGGCCACACACAGCGCUCUCCUCGCACUGAGACCCACCUGGGGCAUCUGUGAGGCACUGGGAGCCUGCACGGCACCUGCGUCUCUUUAGAAGCAGAUUGAGAGGAGAGGGCGUGCUGUGCCCUGAGCCUCUGUGCGACUGGGAGGUGCCGUGGGGCAGCAGGCAGCUGUCCAGCCUGGGCAUAGCACAUAUCAGACCUGUGGGUACCGCCCACACUGGGCGAUGUGGCCAUGCCAACGUUCACUGUUGAUGGGAGUCAUUCAUCGCUUUUAACAUAGAGCUGUCUGUUUCCUCCCA